GGAGGUAGCCUAGAGAGUAGGCGUUAACACCAAGAUCUGUCUGGUGGGGGAAAAACACCAGUUCGGGGGAGGGUGGGAUUAGAUGGACUAUUGCUGCAAACAUAUGACGAGCCAGGUUCGGGGCGACGAAAGCGCAGUCGUCUGAAUGGGGUUGAUUUAGUGGAGGAUUAGAGAGACUGAGGCUAUAAAGAGGAUCGGGACAGGUUGGUGAUAGGAGCAAUAAUUAGGAUUUUGAGGGGAUGGAGGUGGAAAGGUUGCAGUGCAGAUUUGCAGACAGGUGUUGUCAUAAUGAGACAUGGUAGUCUUCAGUGUUUUUUGUGCCCGUGGGGAGAAUGAGGAAGUUAAACCUGUUUCUUUACUGUUUUUUGUGCCUUUAAUUUUUGGUGGCAUGCCCGAUUUAAAGAGGCGUGAUGAGAAUAGCUCGGGGAAGAUUUGGGAGGGAACAGCUGGUGGGCCAAGAUGGAUCCGUGGCUGCCUCUGCAGCACAGCCCACUCUUCCCUGGCGCGGCGUGGGGGUGGGCGUAUGCAAUCAGUCGCAUAUAUUCUAGAAGGUAAUAAAUAAGGAGCAAUGAGAAGCCAUCAAAUGUGUUUGGGUUUUGUAUUUUUUUUUUUUUUUUUGUGGGCUAUUAUCAAUCGCAUUGUAACAAAAGGGAGCGUUUGCUGCAGAAAGGGGGGCGGGGGGAGAAAUUCAGACAAAGCAGGAGCUGGUUGAAGCCCCUUCUCCUCCCAUCUCUGUGAAAGACGAGAAGCGAAGCUGCAGGCCGCCUUUAGUUUCCAUUGUAUACGCGUCUGCCUGCUGGUGGGAGCUGGCUGGCAGGCUCCCCUCAUGCAGAGAUCUGCAGUGCAGAUGCCGUCUUGAGGGGAAGAAAAUGCACCAUGAGCAGGCAGGUGGUGGUUCUUAAAGGAAUUGAGUCUUUGAAUUAAAAAAUAAAAUAAAAUGCUUUUUGUUAAAGGAAGGGCCAUAAGCUAGAUAAUUUUGCUCUCUAGUUAUGUUAAAGGAUUUGAGAUAUUUUAAAAUGGUUCUUUGUCUCCUUUGCCAGAAUCUUGGGUUGAUCGUUCUAAAGAAAUAAGAUUUCUGAUCUUAGCUUUAAAUAUAUUCUCCCCGUGCUGAUAGUAGAUUUCCACCUGUUUAAGAGCUUUGGUGCCUGGUCGGAUUUUCCAGUGUGGUUAUGGUCAUUUCAUUGGAAACAGACCGUAUCAGAGGACGCUUUUGCAGGUCAGGAUUCGCCCUCAAUGGAAUGAGGCAGCAAAUUUGGAACCCUCGUUUCCUUCACACCACCAGCGUUUCUCCAAAUUUUUGUGUUCUGGGCAAAGAUCCAAAUGAACAGCAGCUUCUUUCUUAUUUAGCGACUUGGUGUUUUGGCUUUAAUUACUUGUCUCUGCUUACUGUUUGGUCCUUUGGUGCAAACCUUUUGAUUUUUCUGUAUUUGAUUCAGACCUGAGUUUUUGGGAUUGCCCUUUAGUGCUCAAGAUAAGACCAGUGUUAAAUGUUGAGGGUCAUUCUUAUUAGCAGGCAUUAAAAUUUAGUCCUAACAUUUGCAGCCAAAUGGUGAAAUCAUUUGAAAAUUGGCUUCUUUUUUUUUCCCUUAAUGCUCUGUAAUGGAAGAAUUGGCUUCUUUAAUAGUCCAGUGAAAUGAAAAUAUUUUGUUCACAGACACGCACAUGUACACCCCACCAAGCAAACCCUGAAUUGGAAAUACAUAUUUAAUAUAUAAUCUCUUUGGUUUGUGUUUCUGAUACCAUUUAUCCUUGUCACAAUUUUUAUUUAUUCUUGGCUUUACCUUCCCCCCCGCCCCCCGCCCCGCCACUGUAUGAUGGUGGAAAGAAUGCUGAAAUUAUGUGUUUUACAGAAAGUAGUGGAAUUUAUAUUUUAAAGUGUUGUCCCAAGUACACACAUUAAAACUACAUAGGUUUUCAUUACAUUUUCCCAGUACUAUUAAAUGCCUCAAUGUUUAUCCAUUAUUUCUUAGUAAAGUUUUAUUACAGAAUUUUUAUUUAUCAGAUUAGUCAUAGGCACUUUGUCAUCUUUGGACCUUGACAAGUAUUUGUUGAAUGACCAUCAAACCUAUGAGCUAGAAAGUAACACCUGAAAAUGAACUAGAUAGACACUCUGCCUUAAACUCUUACCAGUGUGUAUGUAAGUAUUGGUGAGCCCAAUGCAAGAUCCUCAUUUGUCAGAUCCCUACUGGAAUAUAAACGUUUACCUUAAGAUACCGCAAUGUAUAGUCAUUUCAUUGCAGAAGCUCUUCCUCCUUGCAAAAUGGUUCCUCUGCCUCUCAUGGAAAAUGUCUCAGGCUUCAGUAUCAUGAAAAUAAGAUGACGUCUGUUAUUCCAGAAUUUAACCUAUGAAAAUGAAUGCUAAAAAAUCUACCAAGUGUUGCCGUCAGCCUUCAGCCUCAUGUGCUUUCACCAAGCUCCUGUUGGUUUUAGAGCCUUUUAAAACAUAAAAGCAGAAGAGUAAGUAGUUGCUUGGUGUCCUACAGGAAACAAUUUGUGUCUUGACCGACCUGUGCAGCAAUGAAUUUUAGAAAUACUAGUUGAUACAUAAAGAGUGCUUGCACUGCCUGUUGCAAUGUCUCUGGUACUAGUGCUGGCAGCAGCAAAGUAAGCUUAGAGGGGUCAGGGGCCAGGAUGGCUUCCCAGAUUUCAGCCUUUGAAGGAAAUCCAAGACUUCAAAGGCAGAAAUUUGAGGUUGAGGUAAAAGAGAUGUACAUAUUUAGUGUUGUUUUCUGAAUGAGAGUUGUCUUUACUAGUCAUCAAGUAUAGAUAGAUGUCUAUUAUUUGAAUUUUAAAAGUGCUUUAAUUUUUUACUCUGUGUAUGACUUUGAAAUUUUAUAAGUUGCCAUAGACUACUCUUGGUCUUAAAAUCAUGGUAUCAGAAUAAAGCUACAUUUCUUGUAUCUGUUCAGGAAAUUUGUUCAAAGCAAAAAGCACUCGGGCAAUUAAAAAAUUUUUUUCUUUAGGUACCUCUUUCUUCAUUCAUGAAACCUAGAUGUUCUGUGUACUUUUUGUGGCUUUUCCAAGUUUUUUUUCUAGCAUGUCAAUCAAAUCUAUAUAAUUUGUGUUUUCAAUCUGCAUCCUUAAACAGAAAGGGAUCUGCUCCACAUUGACAUGAUUUUUGUGUAUUUCUGUCGCAUUAUCAGCAGCAGAAUAACAUGGUGGUAGAUAGCCCAGACUAGAGCCCCAGAGACACCUAGAUUUUAAUCAUGGCAUUCUCUCUCUUAAUAAUUGUGUGACCUUGUACCUUAAUUUAGCCUGAACCUCAAGUUUUCUUCACUUUAAAAUGAGAAUGAUAAUAGUACCUAUCUCUAAAUUGGUGUGAAGGUUAAAUGAGAUAACAUAUGUAAAGGGCUUAGUGUAGUGUCUGCCUAUAGUAAGUGCUUAGUAAAUAAUAUUAUCAUUAGUGUGAAGGAAUAAAAUAAUCAGCAAUGUAACCUAGAUAUAUUUGUUUUGUGCCCAUAAGUCUUGACUUUUAUUGAACAGUAUCUAAUAUUUGAUACAUCUAUUUGCAGGUUAAAAACUGUUUGUGCGUACGUACACACAUAAAAGCAGGUUGAAUUACAAGCGAGACAUCGCAGUCUUCCUUGAAUAAAGAUUGUUACACCUUUUCUUCUUCCCAAAAGUGAGUUAGUUGUUUCGGUUUGUGAUACCUCACAUUAAUGUCUUAAGGCUGCCACCCUUCUCACUCAGCUGAUCUGUAAGAGGUAGAGGGAAGAGCCAAGAUGUUUCGUAGAUGGCUUGCUUGACACAUCAGCAUGCUUCGAUAUUUCCUGCUGCACUCUGAAUAAGUGUUGUCAUGGUACAUUAAGAAACUACUCCUGUCAGUGGAGGCAAGAGUACAGGAGACUGUAAGAAUGGUCGUGGCAGAUGGCCUACAAACUCCUAUCGACUUGGGUUGUUUUUAUUUCUCAGGAAUAAAAUCUUGCGUUUCAAAGGUGUUUUCUUUUAGACUCAAAUUCACAAGUAAUUUAACCACUCUGAUCAGAUUCAAUACCCAGCCUACAUAUAUCUGACAGGUACAAUUUAACACUAAAUUGAAAUCUCUUAGUGGGUUAUUUAUGAAGUUGCUGGUAAAGGUGUCAGUGUUUUUAUUUUUAGUGUUCAGAGUUGGUCUGAAAACAAAAUGAAACUUAUAUUUUGCUUUUAUUGUAUUUGGCCAGUGAGGAAACGAUAUAUUAGUCACAAUAGAGUACUCACUUGUCUAAUCCUGUGCGUGUUUCUCGCACUUGUAAAAUCAAGUUUGGUAGUGAAGUAAUUGGUGAUGAAUCAUUAAAACAUGGCUUUGUUUGAGCCAAGAGGUCAUUUGUUUUAUAGAAAAGAGCUUCUCUUUAGACUCACCAUAAUCCUAGAAUUUAUUCGUGUAGUAAUUCUAAGUAGAAUUAUAAAGGCUCUAAAUAAGUAGAUUUUGUAAUAUGAAUACUUAACUAUAUAUGGUUGUUGUAUGUACUUACCUUACGGUUUGUGUUCCUCUUUAUCAAUGGUGAUGAAUUAACUACCAAAAGACCUAAAGAAUACAGGCUUGUGAAAAAUACAUCAAUUUCAUAGUAAAACUUUUUAGAUAACAAAAUUACCAAGUUGAUAAUUUAUUCAUAUAAUUAACACAUUCAGAAAUUGCCAAGGAAACUGACCUUUUAUUCUGUUCAUUUGUAGCAGUUAUUAAUUCUGAAAUUAUUUUGAGUCAUUGGCUAGGUUGUAGAUGUUUUUGAAAGAAGUAUAAAAGAAUGCGAAAUAAAUUUAGCUACCAUCAGGAUUGCUUGUGAUUGCAUCAUUACUCUUAGUACAUACCUGUGACUUACAUAAGACAUGUUGCUCUGUGAUACUGCAACUUCAGAGAGAACAGUCUCUUUAAAUACUGUAGAGAGUUUGCCGUUCGUUUGACUUUUGCAGGGGGCUUGUUAAUUGUCAGCAAGUGACCCUACUCUUGUGAUGAUCUGUUUAAAUUUCAGGGAAGUAUCUUUACCUGUUUUUCCCCCAUCAUCAUAACAUAGCAAGGAGGGGAAAUGUGACCUUUCUGACAUAUUCCUGUCUGGCAGAUUGGCUAGCUUGCCCUUCAGAAUGUAUUGAAGGAUAUACUGGGAAAAUUUUUUUUUCUUUUACCAAAAUUAAUACAAGCUUCCUUUUGUUACCUGAAAGCAUUGUGUUCAACAAGCAUUGCGUUCAUUUUACAUAUGAGGUGGAUACAAUUGAUUUUUAUGAUAACCUUACAUUUGUGUACUAUUUUAUGGUUUAAAUUGUGUCCGUAUAUUAGCUUAAUUCACCCAAUGUUUGUGCAUACAUUAAGGCUCUGUGCUACUUGCCGUGGGAGAUAAAGGGUAAAUAAAACGUAGAUCAUUUCUCAGGCUGUAUUCAGUUGGAGAAAGACUUGAUUUAUGUUUAUCUGAACUCUUAAGUACUGUUUGUGAAAUAGUGAUACGAACCUCGUUUUACAGAUCAGGAGUGAGACUCAGAGGGGUUAAGUGAUGUGUCCAAGGUUUCAUGUCUAUGAAACUUAGAGUGGGGAUGGAACUAAGGAAUUGAGGGCCCAAUGCAGUUCUCUUUCCAGUACACAGUGAAACCUGUGAGAGCCGCAACCUUAUGCGACUGCCUCGUUGUUCCAGGUCUUGCAAGUUUUCCGCCUUUAUUAGGGCCAGUCUUAACUACUUUUCUAUCACUCUGUAUAGGUGGAAUAUAUUUGAGUUUCCCAUCUGUGACAGGUUUCUACCUCACACUGGUUCCGGCUUUCACAGGUUUUACUGUACACACUGCCUUUCUUUAAACUUUGAAGCAACUUGUGACUCAAUUACCCUCUUGAAUUCAGUGAUUGGUUAACUGACAGACUUCAAUUUCUGGCCCCAGAUGCCCUUUUGCUCCACUGCUAUACUGAAAUGUCUAUUGUCAAGUUCACCAAUGCUUUUCUACACUGUUAAAUCCAGUGAUCACUCCUCAAUGAUCAUUGUACUUGCCUUAGCAACGACUGAACUGAUCACUCCUUCCUCCUGGAAAUAAUUAUUUCUCCUGUCUUCCAUCAUAUCACAUUCUGUUGAUUUUCCUCCUCUCUUACUGGCUGCUGCUCCUCUUGUCUCCUUUGCCAGUUCUUUUUUUUUUUUUUAAUUGAGAUAUAAGUCAUAUACUGUAAAAUUCACCAUUUUAAAGUAUACAAUUCUGUUCUCACAAGGUUCAACCAAUACCACUGUCUAAUUCCAGAACGGUUCCAUCACCCCAAAGAGAAACCCCAUACCUGUUAGCAGUCAUUCCCGAUUCCUCCCUCUGUCCCCUGGUGACUACUAAUCUGCUGUCUGAUUCUGUGGAUUUGCCAGUUCUGGAGACUUCAUAUUGCUGGUUCUUUUUUAUCUUUCCAAUUUCUAAAUAUUGGAGUUCUCCAAGCCUUGCCUCUUAGAACUUUUCGCUGUCUGUACUCAUAGAUCUCCUUUAUGACAUCAAGUCUUGUGGCUGGAAAUACCAUCUAUAAGUAGAUGUCUUUGAAAUCUUUAUCGUCAGUCUCCAUAAUUAAGAGGUAUCUCAAACUUAACUACAUCUGAACCUAAACUCCUAAUCUUUUCUUUAAAUCUGUUCUGUGUCCCCCGGUCUUCUUCAAUUCAGUAAAUGGCAGCCUGGCCGUCUUUGGCCCAAGUCAAAAAGCUUCAAGUCAUGCUUGACUCCUCUUUCCCUCAUACAUGCAUCAGCAAAUUCUGUUGAUUCUAUUUUCAGAAUAUAUCCAGAGUCCAGCCAAGUCUCUGAGCUUCCAUUUUACCACCCUUGUCCAGGAUACCAUCAUAACUCUUCAGGAUUAUUGUAAUUGCCUCCUUAAUUGAUCUCCCUGCUUUCUCCCUUGCCUCUUCUCACAGCAGCUGGUGUGAGCCUGUGAAAAGUUAAAUAAGAUCGUGUCACCCUUAUGGGUAAAAUGCUGCAGUGGCUUCCCAUGAUACUCAGAGUAAAUGCCAAAGCCUUAGAGGACUUGUAAUGUCCUGUAGUAUCAGGUUCCAGCUUCCCUCUUGCUCACUGUGCUGCAGCCACACUGACUUCCUUGCUGUUCUUCAGCCCAGGAAUACCCACUCCCUCAGGGUCUCAUUUAUCAUUCGCUCUGCCUAGAAUGCUUUUCCCCUGUAUACCUACACAGUUCACUCCCGCACCUCAUUUAGGUUGUUGCUCAAAUACCACUUUCACCUGGCCACCCUAUCUAAAAUUGUGUAGAGAAAAAAGCACUUGCUUACUAGCUGAAAGAUUGGUGGUUCGAACCCACUCAUAGGUGCCUUGGAGGCAAGCCUGGCUAUCUGUUUCUGAAAGGUCACAGCCUUGAAAAAAAACUGUAUGGGGUCACUGUGAGUCAGAAUUGACUCGAUGGCAACUAACAACAGCAUAAGCCUUCCCUGGAUGUUCUUAGAGCUAUUUUGGGGGUACCAGUAUCAGUACCAGUUGCCAGUGAAUCAGUUCUCACUCAUGAUGUCCUCAUGUAUGCUAGAGUAGAACUGUCCUCCGUAAGGUUUUCAACGUCUAGUUUUUCUAAAUAGAUCGCCAGGCAGUUAAUUGGCUCAUUUUAGCAGUUUGUACUGAGAUUUUAUGAGUUGCCGUUAAGAAUUGUAGUUGUGUAGAGAAUCCCUCGUGGAGCAGGAGAACAGCGGGAUGCAGACCUCAGAUUCUCGUAAAAAGACCAGGCUUAAUGGUUUGACUGAGACUGGAGGGACCCCAGAGGUGGUGGCCCCUCGGACCCUCUGUUAGCCCAAGACUGGAACCAUUUCCGAAACCAAGUCUUCACACCCAGAUUGGACUGGAGUAUAAGAAAAUGAUACUGGUGGGGAGUGAGCUUCUUGGCUCAAGUAGACACGAGACUAUGUGGGCAGCUCUUGUCUGGAGGUGGGAUAAGAAGGCAGAGGGGACAGGAGCUGGUUGAAUGGUCACAGGGAAUACAGGGUGGAGAGAAGUGUGCUGUCACGUAAGGGAGAGAGCAGCUAGGAGUACAUAGCAGGGUGUAUAGAAGUUUUUAUAUGAGAGACUGACUUGAAUUAUAAACUUACACUUAAAACACAAAAAAUAAAAAUAAAGAAUUGUGGUUGUGAGAAAGAAUUUUUUUUUUUUUUUGUAGUCCAGGUAUAAAACAAAAAAUGUACCUGAUUUUAUGUUUUAAUAUUAGAAAAGAUGUUAAGGGGGCUGAGCAAUUACUAAUUUUUGUUAUUGGCUUUAGCUAAAAUUUAGAACAAUUUUUUUUUCCUUGUGUAUCAGCAGAUAACUUUAGUAAUCUAAAGAAACUAACACAAAGGGAAAACCUUUGGAGUUAAAUAUAGAAGUCGUUCUGUGAAGGAGUCCCUGAAAGUAACUUGCUCCUCUUCUAAAAGUAGAGCCUGUAUUCUGCUGGUAUUGAAGGACAGUUAUCGCCAAAGUGAACAUUCAUUGAAAUGUAUGUUUUACCAAGAGAUUAGAAAAUUCAAUUAGGCUUAUUUGGUAUAUUUUUUCUCCUGAUGUAAAUCAGAAUUUGAAUCUCACAUCCAAUCCAAAUCUUCCCCUUCUUUCCCCCCGCCAAGAGCACUCCCAGCACAGGUUUACCCAAACUUGAAAACCUGUACUGGGAAAGCAGAAGCAGUGGGCCCUUUUGCUCUAUUUUUCCUUCCUGUUUUUCCACUCUACACCAAAUCAAUGUGCUGCUGGAGAGGAGGGUCGAGAGGGGAGGGGACAGAGUCCUACCUCACUGAUGUGGUGGAGUUUUAAAAUGUAAACUUGAUUAGUAAACUUUUAGGUAAGUAGAAUACAUAUUUCAGACCCAACAGUAUUAAGGACAGGUGAUCUAACUGGUAGGUAGGGUGCUACAGAAGGCAAGGCACAGGCUUUCUGGAAAGUCUCAGGUUUGAAUCUUGAUGCUGACACAAGCCUCAGUUUUCUUUUCUGUAAAAUGGGGGUACUUAUACCUACCUUCCCACUGGGUGUAAGGAUUUGAUUUAAUAUGUGUAUGAAGUACCUAGUUACUGUCUACCACGACUAUUCAGUACUCAGUAAAUGGAAGCCCUGUUAUUCAAAGAAGUGGUUUUUGUUUUUGUAGUUCUGAUAGUUUGUUGCAGCUUGUUAAUGAGGACAGAAAUACCAGUAAAGACCAAAAAACUACUCACUCCUAAAUAGUUUUAAUGAAAGACCUGCUAGAGAUUCCAUCUUAGGUCUCAUUUCCCCCCUCUAACGUAGCUCAAACAUAGCAAUUGUGAGGAUGGCACAGGACAGGGCAGUGUCUUGUUCCGUUGUGCAGUGGGGUCGCCAUGAGUCAGAAUUGACUCAGCGGCACCUAACAACAACAUGUAGUUGUGGGGACUGAGUGUAUGUUUGGAGUUAUAAGAGAAAUGUAUGUUUAUGAUAAGAAAUUUAGAAAAAUAAAAAUAUAAAGAAAAUAAAAACCCACUGAGUACUAUGGCCUAGAGAUGUGACCGUGGUUAGUUAACAUUUUUGUGUAUACCCUUUCAUUUUGUAAUAAAUUAACAAAGUUCUUUUUUGAAAUAAAUAAUACACAUUCACUAUUUUUUUUUAAUCAAACACAGACGAGCAAGUUAACGGAAAACUUUAAAUUCUCAUAGCCCCUCUAUCCAGAGACUAUUGUUGUCCCUUUUUUUCUGUAGCCAUACAUUUUUUUUUUUUUUUUUACCAAAAUGGGGUCAUAUUUAAAUUACUUUUAUAAUAUUCUUCUUUUCAUUCAGCGUACUGUAAGCAUUUUUAAAAAAUACUUAUUUUCUUUUUGGUUAAAAUAUACACAGCAAAACAUAUACCCAUUUAGCAAUUUCUACACGUACAAGUCAUCAGCAUAGGGUACAUUCUUCACGUUGUGUCAUCAUCCUUGCUGUCUCUACCCGAAUUAUUUCAGCAGUUUUGAGUUAGAUGCUGUGAGCAUUUUUUUUUUUAUUGUACUUUAGAUAAAGGUUUACAGAACAAACCAGCUUCUCAUUAAAUAGUACACGUAUUGUUUUAUGACAUCAGUGAACAGCCCCGUGACACGUCAACACUGGCCCUUCUCGAUGUUAGGCUCCCUGUUAUCAGCUUUCCUGUCCCCUCCUGCCUUCUCAUCCCUACCCCUGGCUGGUGUGGCCCUUUAGUUUCAUUUUCUUUUAUGGGCUGAAGGGUGAACCUUAGGAGCAACUUCAUUUCUGAGCUAAAAGGGUGUCCAGGAGCCAUACUUUUGAGUUUUUCCAGUCUCUGUCAGGCCAGUAAGCCUGGUCUAUUUUUGUGAGUUAUAAUUUUGUUCUGCAUUUUUCACUGUGAGCAUCUUUUAAUGUCAAUAAAUUCUCACCUGUGAUGCAGUUUUAAUGAAUGUGUAGUAUCUCGUUGUGUGGCUAUACCAAAAUUUUUUUUAACUACUCCAUAAUUAUUAGACUUGGGAAACCCUGGUGGCAUAGUGGUUUAAGAGGUUGGCUAGUAAUCAAAAAGGCAGCAGUUCAAAUCCACCAGGGGAUCCUUGGAUAACCCUAUAGGGCAGUUCUUCUGUGUCCUGUAGAGUUGCUAUGAGUUGAAAUCGGCUCGAUGGCAACGAGUUUGGUUUUCGGUUUAAUUGUUAGACUUUAGUUACUUCCUUUAAAGAAAAGCUUUUUUUCCUAAACUCUUGGAAAAAAUACUGUAACAAACAAUCUUAUAACUGCAUAUUCACACAGAUGACAGGUUAUUUAUUGGAAUUAGAUUUUCAACAGGUUCAUCUUAAUUUUUUUGUUAUAUGUUCUAGCCGCUUCCUGAACUUUGGUCCAGCAAGUGUUGCUUAUUUUUUUUUAUAAUUUUUAUUGUGCUUUAAGUGAAAGUUUACAAAUCAAGCCAGCCACACAAAAACCCAUAUACACCUUGCUACACACUCCCAAUUACUCUCCCCCCUAAUGAGACAGCCGGCUCUCCCUCCACUCUCUCUUUUUGUGUCCAUUUCGCCACAUUCUAACCCCCUCCACCCUCUCAUCUCCCCUCCAGGCAGGAGAUGCCAACAUAAUCUCAAGUGUCCACCUGAUCCAAGAAGCUCAUUCCUCACCAGCAUCCCUCUCCAACCCAUUGUCCAGUCCAAUCCAUGUCUGAAGAGUUGGCUUCGGAAAUGGUCCCUGUCCUGGGCCAACAGAAGGUCUGGCGGCCAUGACCACUGGGGUCCUUCCAGUCUCAGUCAGACCGUUAAGUCUGGUCUUAGGAGAAUUUGGGUUCUGCAUCCCACUGCUCUCCUGCUCCCUCAGGGGUUCUCUGUUGUGUUCCCUCUCAGGGCAGUCAUCGGUUGUAGCCAGGCACCAUCUAGUUCUUCUGGUCUCAGGAUGAUGUAGCCUCUGGUUCAUGUGGCCCUUUCUGUCUCUUGGGCUCGUAAUCGCCUUGUGUCCUUGGUGUUCUUCAUUCUCCUUUGAUCCAGGUGGGUUGAGACCAAUUGAUGCAUCUUAGAUGGCUGCUUGCCAGCAUUUAAGACACCAGACACCACUCUCCAAAGUGGGAUGCAGAAUGUUUUCUUAAUAGAUUUUAUCAUGCCAGUUGACUUAGAUGUCCCCUGAAACCAUGGUCCCCAGACCCCUGCACCUGUUACGCUGGCUUUGGAAGCAUUCAAUUUAUUCAGGAAACUGCUUUGCUUUUGGUUUAGUCCAGUUGUGCUGACCUCCCCUGUAUUGUAUGCUCUUUCCCUUCACCUAAAGUAGUUCUUAUCUACUAUAUGAUUAGUGAAUACCUCUUUCCCACCCUCCUUCCCUCCCCUGUCUCGUAACCACAAAAGAAUGUUUUCUUCUCAGUUUAAACUAUUUCUCAAGUUCUUAUGAUAGUGGUCUUAUACAAUAUUUGUCCUUUUGCAACUGGCUAAUUUCACUCAGGAUAAUGCCUUCCAGGUUCCUCCAUGUUAUGAAAUGUUUCACAAAUUUCCUCACUGUUCUUUAUUGCUUCAUAGUAUUCCAUUGUGUGAAUAUACCAUAAUUUAUUCAUUCACCUGUUGAUGAGCACCUUGGUUGCUUUUAUCUUUUUGCUGUUGUAAACAGUGCUGCAGUAAACAUGGGUGUGCAUAUAUCUGUUUGUGUAAAGGCUCUUAUUUCUCUAGGAUAUAUACCGAGGAGUGGGAUUGCUGGAUCGUGUGGUAGUUCUAUUUCUAGCUUUUUAAGGAAGCGCCAAAUCGAUUUCCAAAGUGGUUGUACCAUUUGACAUCCCCACCAGCAGUGUAGAAGUGUUCAGUCUCUUCACAGCCUCUUCAACAUUUAUUAUUUUGUGUCUUUUUGGAUAAAUGCCAGCCUUCUUGGAGUGAGAUGGAAUCUCAUUGUAGUUUUGAUUUGGAUUUCUCUAAUGGCUAAUGAUUGUGAACAUUUCCUCAUAUAUCUGUUAGCUACCUGAAUGUCUUCUUUAGUGAAGUGUCUUCAUAUCUUUUGCCCAUUUUUUCAUUGGGUUAUUUGUCCUUUUGCAGUUGAGUUUUUGCAGUAUCAUGUAGAUUUUAGAGAUCAGGUGCUGAUCAGAAAUGUCAUAGCUAAAAACUUUUUCCCAGUCUGUAGGUAGUCUUUUUCCUCUUUGGGUGAAGUCUUUGGAUGAGUAUAGGUGUUUGAUCUUUAGGAGCUCCCAGUUAUCUAGUUUGUCUUCUAAGGUUUUGCUUAUUUUUAAUGUAUCUUCAGACUUUUCCUCUAGUGUGUCCUUCCUUUUUCUCUGUAAAUAUGCUUAAGUCAUUUUCAUUCCAAAAAUCUUUCCAACAACGCUGUUUCUUCCUCUACCUAUCUCCCAUAUGUCCCAUUCUUCUUGUUAGCAGUGUUUUUAAAACUUCUCUCCACUCCUCAGACUUCUGUGUCUAGCCUCCCACCACCAACUAUAGAGUCAUCAAUACCAAGUUGCCUGGUUGCUUAAUUUCAAUGACCCUUUUCAAAGUCUUUCAGCUUGACCAUUCAGUGGCUCUUGACUCUGUUUAACCACUCUCUGAAGCUUUCUCUAGGAGCCCUGGGACUGCAGUGGUUAAGUGCUCGGCUGCGAACCCAAGGGUCAGCUUCUCUGUGGGAGAAAGAUGUGAUCUGUGAUGAUCUGCUUCUGUAAAGAUUGACACCUUGGAAACCCUGUGGGGCAGUUCUACUCCAUCCUAUAGGGUCACUAUGAGUCAAAAUCAAUUUGGUGGCAACUGGUUUGGAGCACUGGUGGUGCAGCAGUUAAGAGUUAUGGCCGCUAACCAAAAGGUCGGCAGUUUGAAUCCACCAGCCACUCCUUGGAAACCCUAUGGGGCAGUUCUGCUCCAUCCUGUUGGAUCCCUAUGAGUCAGAACUGACUCGAUCGCAACAGGUUCGGCUGUUUUUUGGCAUUUGGUUUCUGGUUUAAAGUGUUAUCUAAACAAUACUGUUCUCUUCUUUAUUGACUCCUUUCCGUCUUCUUCACUCAUUCUUCUUCCUGCCCUUUAAGUAUUGGUAUAUCUCAAGAUUUCAUUAUACAACCUUUUCUGAUUUUCCCUGGGCAAAUUCACUCAUUGACGUCAUUACUCACCCAAAUGUUAACUCCCAGAUUUUUAUCUUCAGUCCCCUACCUCUCUCCUGAGCCCAUCCACAUUGUUAAACUGUUCAGCAGUUUCCACUUAGGUAUGCCUUAGCCCUGUUGCCGUCGAGCUGAUUCCAAUUAUAGUGACCCUAUGGGACAGAGUAGAACUGCCCCACAGAGUUUGCAAUGAGCAGCUGGUGGGUUCGAACUACCGACCUUUUGGUUAGCAGCCAUAGCACUUAACCACUGUGCCACCAGGGCUCCAAAUAUGCCUUAGACACUUGUUUUCUGUUGAAAGUUAAUAUAAGAAAUUUCUUCUCCUAUGUUGUCUGCCUCAAUCAAUGGUAUUGCAUUUCAUUAGCCAUUCAGUAAUCUUUGACUUUUACUUCUCCAGUCUCCAACAUCUGGUCAAAUGAUUUCAAGCCCUAACCAUUCUGUCUUGUCAAAUCCACCCUCUUACUCCUGUCCUCACUGUUUUAGUUCAAGCCCUCAUCUCUUGCCAAGAUUAUACAGUAACCUGCAAUCUCUUUUCAGUUCAGUCCAUGCCCUACCCUGCUGCCAGAGUUCUUUCUAAAACACUCGUGAUAUUGUCAGUCCCUUAAACCUGAAAGCCUUCCGUGAUCCCUUCUCUUCAGCAUGCCUUCUCCUGCUUAGUUCACCUGAUGGACAUCCUUUAAGAUACACUCUUACCGAAACACUCUGUUUACCCUAGUGACUGCCUCUCCUGCAUUUCCAGAACACAUUAUAGUUUUACUGGUUUGUAUUUCUUUUCAAGAACUUGUGGGUCCAAACUAUGAUCUCUGUAUCCCUAGUGCUAACACAGAACCUUGGCCGUAGCUACUGAAGAAAAUGUUUGACCUAAUAAAUAGCAUUUGAGGAUUAAGAUCACCAUUUUUGGAUUCAGCACCCUCCCAUACAAAUGCAAAGUGUGAGUACAAUGUGGUUUUAUAAGUUAGAAGACAGUUUCAUGCAGUCCCGUUGCUCACUGUUACUGGUUAUCAGUGUCCUGUAUCAGAAUAGAUGCUCUCUGUAAAACUUUGCCUGUUGAAAUUUUCCAUUAGGAGGAGGUGAAAAGGUGAAACAGCUGGCAAAUUAAUAGGAUCUCGUUCCAUUAUAUGAGCCUACUUUAAUUUUUGGCAUCAGGCUUACCAUUUGGUUUUUCAGGUUUGUUAAGAUUUGAUCUCACAAGUUGGCAGGGACUGAAUGUUGAAAGUAAAUGCAUACAGAAAUGAAGCCAUCUGGAAAAAUUAAAGAAGUAGAUAAACAUGUAUUUUUUUUUUUAAAUACUGUGUUUUAGGUAAAAGUUUACAGAGCAAGUUAGUUUACCGUUCAACAAAUUGUACAGAAAGUAUUCCAUUGCUUUGACUGCAAUCCUCACAUUGUGUCAAUACCCUGAUUUCCGCCCCAAGUACCCCUUUCCUUUCGUCUGGUUUUCCUACCCUUUUCUGCCUUCUCAUUUAUGCUUUUGGGCAGAUGUUGCACUUUUGGUAUUAUAGAAUUGUUUGUUCUACAGAGCACUUUCUUUUCGGAUGUUAUUGUUUAUUUUAUAGGCCUGUUUGUUGCUUGGCUGAAAGGUGGUUCCCAGGAAUGGCUGCAGUUCCAAGUCAGAGGGGUGUCAAAGGGCCAUAGUCUGGGGGGUUUCUGCAGUCUCGAUCAGACCAGUAAGUCUGGUCUGUUUUUAUGAAUUUGAUUUUUUGUUUUACAUAAACAUGUUUACUUUAAAAAAAGAAUUGUUUUUCAUUUGUAGGAGUAAAUAUGCUGCCUUAUUUUAAGAUAAUUAAAAAGCUGUGAAUUUUAAAAUUCUGGUCUUGAAUUACUGAAUUACUGUCUGUUAUCCAUUAAAUUCUGCCUUGAUAUUAAUAUGCCGUGUAUUUUUUACUAAAUUUGUUUUUUAAGUUAGUACCUACAGAUAAAGCUAUAGUCCAAUCCUUUAAGACAACCUUCUAGUUUGAAGUAUAUUUCUGAUAUUUGUGGAAACAUUUUUUAAUUGAAAGGAAACAGGGAGUUAGUUAAUCUGUAAAGAUCAGUAAAUUUAGAAACAUUUUUUGAGGGUUUUUUUAAUACGGCUUUGUAAAAUUUUUCUUCCAUUUUUAUUGAAAGGGUAAUUUAUACUCACUGUUUUUUCUUAAGGGUUCAGGACUAGUGAAAAGAAAGUCUCCCUCCUACUUCAGGUCUAACAGUCCUUUUUGCUAGAGAAGGUUGCUAGUUAACACAUAUUUUGAAUAAAUGAAGGCAUACUGUUUGUACUUCUCCACCUUUAACUUCCCAGUCUUCAUUCCACAUCAACACAUACAGCUGUAACUGGUUCUUUUAAAUGGCAGCAAGUAUUCCAUUGUACAGAUAUAACAAUUUAAUUCCUAUUCUGUUGAUAGUCUUUUAGACUAGUUCUAGUAUUUUUAUUUAUGAAUAUCCUCACACACCUGUCUUUGUACAAGUAUGAAAUAUAUCUGUAGAAUAAAUUCUUGGAUGUGUAACUACUGAGUUAAAAGAGUUACGUGCAUAGGAGAUUGGAGGCAUGUGUAUUUUAAAUACUAAUAUAUAUUGGCAAUUUUGUUGUUGUUGUUAGGUGUUGUUGAGUUGGUUCUGACUCAUAGCGACCCUGUUACAACAGAACGAAACACUGCCCAGUCCCACGCCAUCCUCACAGUCAUUGUUACGCUUGAGCCCAUUGUUGCAGCCACUGUGUCAGUCCAUCUUGGAUUGAGGGCCUUCCUCUUUUUCCACUGACCCUGUACUUUACCAAGCAUGAUGUCCUUCUCCAGGGACUGAUCCCUCCUGAUAACGUGUCCAAAGUAUGUAAGAUGUAGUCUUACCAUCCUUGGCUUCUAAGGAGCGUUUUGGUUUUACUUUUUCCACAUUGGCAAAUUUAGAGGCAUGUAAUUUUAGAAGAUGGAAGAUUUCUCAUGUGGUCCUGUUCUUUCUUUUUGUUUUUUAUUGUGCUUUAAGUGCAAGUUUACAAUCCAAACACAUAUUGUUAUGUGACCUUAGUUGCUCUCCUGACAUCACACUCCUCUUCUCUACCCUGUAUUUCCCACGUCCAUUCAACCAGCUCCUGUCCUCCUCUGCCUUCUCAUCUCGCCUCCAGACAGGAGCCACCCGCAUAGUCCCAUGUGUCUACUUGAGCUAAGAAGCACAUUCCUCACCAGUAUCACGUUAUGUCUUAUAGUCCAGUCUAAUCUUUGGCUGAAGAGUUGGCUUCCAGAAUGGUAUUACUUUUGGGCUAACAGAGGGUCUGGGGACCAUGACCUCUGGGGUCCCUCCAGUCUCAGUCAGACAUUAAGUCUGGUCUUUUUACUAGAAUUUGAGGUCUGCAUCCCACUUUUUUCUUGCUCCAUCGGGGAUUCUCUGUUGUAUUCCCUGUCAGGGUAGUCAUUGGUGGGAGCCAGGCACCAUUUCGUUCUUCCAGUUUCAGGCUGAUCUAGUCUCUGGUUUAUGUGGCCCCUUCUUUCUCUUGGGCUCACAUUUUCCUUGUGUCUUUGGUGUUCUUCAUUCUCCUUUGCUCCAGGUGGGUUGAGACCAAUUGAUGCAUCUUAGAUGGCCGCUUGCUAUCUUUUGAGGCCUCAGGCACCACUCACUAAAGUGGGAUGCAGAACAUUUCCUUAAAUACACUUCAUUAUGCCAGCUGACCUAGAUGUCCCCUGAAACUAUGGUCCCCAGACCCCUGCCUCUGCUACUCUGUCCCUCAGAGUGUUUGGUUGUAUUCAGGAAACUUCGUAGCUUUUGGAUUAGUCCAGUUGUACUGACUUCCUCUGUACUGUGUCUUGUCCUUCCCUUCACCUAAAAUAAUUCUUGUCUCAUGUAGUCCUGUUUUUCCGGUGGAUUGCAGUUUAUUUAGUAUUCAGGGUUAACUUGCAUAUUUGCCAACCACAUAUUUUUAAAUGCUCACACUAGUUGUUAACUCCUCAAAGUGCAGUUUAAAAUGAUUAAAAUCAGCUAUUAGUAUUCAGAUACAUAUUUUUCCUUCUCACACAGAGUUGCGGGGGGAAGUAUCAUUGUUCUUGAGGUUAUUCUUAUUUAAAAAUAUGAGGGGCUCCUCUUUUCUUCCUUUUGAAGAUGAGAAUGUCCAAAAAAAAUGAAUUGAUUGACUUUUAGGAAUGGUUCUUAAAAAUGAAAUAAGUUUGUGUGAGAGACUGACCUGAUUUGUAAACUUUCACUUAAGGCACAAUAAAAAUUUAAAAAAGAAAAAAACGUUAAAAAAUAAGGUUUUGCUGUCAGGUGAGUGGAAACAGUAAUUGGAAAUAAAGAUUUGGGUUUUUUCUUCCCUUGCUAAGCACAAUGAAAUGAUGCUUGGCCAAAAAAAAUUUUUCUUUUUAACUUUUUUUUUAAGUUAAAAUUCAUGUGUGAGGUUGUCAAAUUCUCAUGCUGUAUAUUUUCUUUCAGAUUCCUUUGUUUCUUCCUCUCAGCCUGUAUCUCUAUUUUCGACCUCACAAGGCAAGUCUGUCAUUUUUUUGUGUGUGUGCAUUAAUUAUAGAAAAAUGUUGAGAAAGAGGCUGUAACUGGGAAUAUGAGGCACAAGUUUUCUAUUGCCCCGCCCCCCAAAUCCCUUAAAAUAAAACUAAUUACAAGCCAAAUAUUUCAGUUUCCAAUGGGUUUUCCUGUAAAGGCUAAGAGAGUAGAAUGAAGCUGGGUGGACCCUGGACAUAGCACAAGCUUUAGGUGUAGUUUUGAGUGUUUUUUAAAAAUUCACCUAUAGAAUUUGGAGCAGAUAGAAUUGUACCUCAGAACACCCUACGCCUAGAAUGCAUUUAACUUAUUGAUUUGCAAUUAUAUAAUUGUUCAGAGAAAGAACGGAUUUGGAAAAGCUGUAUAAAAGUGUGCUUCCCCUGAAUUACUAAAAUACUGACCUGGCUAAUGAGAGUCCUUUAGGGUGAACUUAUCUGAGAUUCGUCCCAAGGACUAGGUUAGUUCCAAAUUGCCUAGGGACAGUGAACGAGUCUGUUGUUUUGUUUUGUUUUUUCCUUUUUUGGCAAGCAAAACUGAUUGUCCUAGAGAUUAAGUUGUGGCUUCGUUGUUUUUAAAUCUGCCAGCCAGCAGGGAAGGAAAUCAGUGUGUGGUAACUAUAUAUUUCUGGGGUGUAUUGCCAAGCCUGUGGAGGAGAGAGAGCUGUGUGCUUCCUUGAUUUGUGCUAAUGAUAAAGUGCUGCUGAAUUUGUGCUGCUGUACUGGACCCCAAAUGCAGGUCGAUGGAAAAUGCUUAUUUAAAAAAAAAAGUAGGUAAUUAAAACCGCUAGAUAGAUCUAAGAAGCCCCAUGCAAACAGUUUGUCAUCCCAGCUGCCAUUCUCUAGAUGCAAAGUGUGGGUGGUGGUUUGUUAGAAAACUUUGACCUUAAAAGGAUAAAAAUAUAAUGAGAUAAAAUGCACAUAGUAAGAUUUUUGCUUGGUUCAGUCUCCUUCUUAGGAAACACGACAGAUAAUUUGUUGUUUUUAAUCCAGACUGAUGAUGGAUCCCCCAGCUUGUUUAUAUUAUCCUUCAGUGUGUGAAUUUUGGAUUUCCUGCAGGUCAAAUCAUAACCUUUGAAAUUAUCUUGUUCACAUUAAAAGAUAAAUUCUUUGUGAAUGUGAGAAAAUAAUUCUAACUUGUAAAGGGGUUCUUUUUUUGACAUCUGGAAUUUGACUAGAUUUCUAUUUUUAAGGUUUUUUUUCUCAUGAGAAAUUUAAUAAUUUUAAGCAAGUAGGUAUUACAUGUAUUCAACUGCAGAAGAUAAACUGGUAAAAAAAUUUCAUAGUGUAGCCAAAACAAAUAAUUAUACUUUCUCUAUUUAAAUAUUUUAGAUCUUUUAAAAUAUACUCUUUAUAGAUAAAACUUCAACUUAGUUUUUUCAUAAAGGGAAUAUAUUCUAAAUAGUGUAGCAAUACAGCUCAAAUAGAACAUACCUAAUGAAAUGUGGAGAAGAUAGUUGUAUGGCUUUAAAAAAUUAUUUUAAUCCUUGUUAGGAAAAAUCGUUCAAUACACUCAAGUAGGAUGAAGAUAAAUAGGAUUUUCCUAAUUAAAAAACAAACCAUGCUUAAGUAGGCUUCAGUUUCACGGAGAGCAUUACAGUUUGUAAAAGAGCAUACAUUUGUCAUUUUACCUUUUUGCUUACAAAAGUUAUUUUGACUGAUGCAGAUUCAGGAUAGUGUUAAUGUUAAAAGGGCAUUGUGAAGAAGCAGUUGAAAAUACCAUAUCCCUGAAGAUGUUGCAACCUAGCCUCUAUUAGUAGCAUUUUCCCCUGAAGCAAAAAAAAAAAAAAAAACUGUAUAUGAUGGCAAGUAGACCAGUUGGUGCUCUACUUUGGUAGCAGGUCUAAAAGUCAGUUUAAGGGAACAACUUGACAGACAAUUAAGUGGAUUCUAGGACACUGGUAGCUUCUAGUCUGCCUUAAUAAAAAUAAGAGAAGGAGAAGUUCUUAGAAUAUUAAUGGGAUAAUCAUUUCAUUCUUAAAUGAGUUGUGCUCCUGAGUAGGUCCCUUGCCCAUUGAUUGCUUUUUCCAUGGAGCAGAAUUAAAUUUCAGCCUAUCCUUGAGAGUUUCAAAAUGGUAAUAAAUUUAAUGAAGCUUUUCUGUACUGUAAGGUAUGUAAAGAUAUUGACAUAGAUACAGAUGUAGCACGUGGCUAAUUUUAUUGAGCUUUUACUAUGCUCAGUGCUUUAUGUGAAAUGAUCUCAUUUAAUCUUCACAGCCAGUUCUGUGUGUGGAGAGAGAGGUGCUAGCUCUUUUAACAGUUGAGGGGAAACUUAGGUUUAAAAUGAAGUAUCUUGCUCAAGGUCACACAGGCAGUGUAUGACAGACCUAGGACUCCAAAGUCCGUGCUCACAAGCACUGUACAUACAGUAAAAAUGAUAAAGCGAAGUACUUAUGUUUUAGAAUUUUAUAUUUUAGGAUUUUAAGACAUUUUAGAGAUGCUUCAUAGGGUCGCCAUGAGUCAGAAUCGACUCAGUGGCCACGGGUUGGGUUUGAUAUUUUGAGGUUGAUAUUAAAAUCUUGAGAGCAGGAAACCAUUUCAGCCAUAGCCCUGCUAUUGGUGAUGUAGUUUACUAUUACCUGGGGGUGUGCAUCAGGACACGAAAUCAGACUGAAAUUUGGGUUCUACUUUUGAAACUUUUGAAAGGAAUGGAGGCUAGAAUAUAAGGAUUUUUUCUAGAAAACUGGAAGAAGAAAAGUAGGUGAAAAUAAGAUUGAAAAGAGGACACACCGUCUGUGCAGAACUGGAAGCAUGCUGAUGAACGUUCACGUUCAAUUUGACUUGUGCAGUAGGCAGCAGCAAUAGGAAGUCACAACACUGAACUUUGGGGCAAGCGUUGAGGGAAAAAUUGCCAGUUACAGUCUUUUUUUCAACAAAAGCAAAACAUUUUUCUUUGUUCAAAAGAGACUUUUGUUUAGGAAUCUAGCUUGGCUGCGAAGUGUCUGCUGGCUAACUUCCUAUUUUGAUGCUGUGGCUGAAAGUUGCUGAUACUGUUGUGCACGGUAAUUUGUCUUUCCUUCUUGAUUUGUGAACAUGAGAAAAUUCAAGUGUAGGAAAACCUAUGCCUGAAUAUUUCAAGCCUCCCUUGUAUGAAUAUGUGGAGUAUGUGUGUGAAAAAUAACUUAGUGGCUACUGCAGAUUGGCACUGUCUUCGUCUCUGUGUGUAGAAUUUCCAUGUAACCGGUGUCCUUUUAAUUAAAAGCAGUAGAUUUUCUCAGUAAGGUAGUGGAAGUAACCACGUGGUAGUUAUACUUUUUAUGCCAUUUACUCUUUUUAGGAGGAACUUUUUGAUACCAGAUAUAACAUUCAUUAUUGCUUACUUGCUUCUAGGUCAGAUAAUGUUUUCAGUAAUUCAUUAACAUUUGAAUAAAUAAAUUCUAAAUCGUUUUUCUAAGAGACAGGUUAGGGUGUAAGAAACAAAGUAAAGCCGUUUUGAAGGACAGAGUAAACAGUGCAUGAAGGUUUCUUAUAAUUCAAACAUAUUUGGUUGGUAUGUACACUGCAUUCACUUGGAAGUUGUUUUUUCAUGUUGUCAUUUUAGCCCCCCAUCCUGCUCUAUAGGAUAAAAUACUCUAGCCAUUUUGUUGUCGUUAGUUGCCAUCGAGUCUUUUGUGACCCCAUGUGUGCAGAGUGGAACUGCUCUAUAUAUAGGGUUUUCUUGGCUGUGACCUUUCGGAAGCAGAUUGACAGGCCUUUCUUCCAAGGCACCUCUGGGUGGGUUCAGAUUGCCAACUUUUCAGCCAGUACUCAAGCACUUAACCGUUUGCACCACGAGGGACCCACUCUAGCCAUUAGAAGAAGAAUUCUUCUCAAUUCCCAUACCGGAUUCUGUGAUCAGUGGAGCUUUUGCCUUAUUCCAGUCAACAUUUAGAGUUGCUUUUAAAUUAGUAUAUAGAAGUAGUUCAAGCAGGCACAAGAGGACCACCACUGCCUGCGCCCUACUCCCUCUAAAUUGUGCUUCCGGACAAGACCAUUCAUGAUGAGGAGUGGCGGCAUAGAGUAUCAGGCUCAUCCUGUGUGGGAUUGUUGGCCGUGAGCCUGAGUUGACUCAAAGGUGAACUGGUUUUAAGAGUGCUGAAAUACAGCUCUCAUUUUUCUACCCUUGUAAAACAUGAAGUGCAGUAAAGCUGUGUUUCUCAAACAAGGCUCAUUACUUGGGAAACUUGUAUUACAGAUUCCUGAGCUCCAUCCUCCUUAGGAAACCCUGAGUCAGUCAGUCAGAGAUGAAGCCCAUGACAUACUAGCAGUAGUUCUAAAGGUGAAAGGGACUGUAAACGAUUGUGCCACGGGCUAAUUUUUUUGUUAGGUUGCUAAAUUGUUCUGCAAGUUAUCCAUUGAACUGAAACAUGCUUUGACCUUGAUUAUGGCAAAGAUCACUGGCUGAAACACUUUGUUUCUGCAGAGCUCUUAUCUUUCAGCAUUGGCUUAGAACUUUUCAUACGCUGGGCUGUCUUAACCAUUUUGUCCGUAUAGACUCUUGCACAGUUCUUGAGAUAUAGUAGGAAUUCGGUUUGUACUAACUGAUGAAGAAGUUGUAUCACCCAAAAUUUUGAAACAGAUAAAAGUUCUUUAUACCUUCCUUUUUUUAGGUAGGAGGGAAGGUGUCUAAAGCCCUGAAUGAGGAUUUUCUGUACUGUAUACUGGACAAAGGUGAUUGUGAGUUGGCAACGUACAUUUCUUCUCUCCCUCAAUAAAAAGGCAUAUGAUUUAGAGUCUCCGUUUGUAUCAGGAGAGAUUUUUUUUUUAUAUAUGUAAUUUUUAUUGUGCUUUAAGUGAAAGUUUACAAGUCAGUCUCUCACACAAAAACCCAUAUACACCUUGCUACACACUCCCAAUUACUCUCCCCCUAAUGAGACAGCCCACUCUCUCCCUCCACUCUCUCUUUUUGUGUCCAUUUCGCCAUGUUCUAACCCCCUCCACCCUCUCAUCUCCCCUCCAGGCAGGAGAUGCCAACAUAAUCUCAAGUGUCCACCUGAUCCAAGAAGCUCACUCCUUACCAGCAUUCCUCUCCAACCCAUUGUCCAGUCCAAUCCAUGUCUGAAGAGUUGGCUUCGGAAAUGGUCCCUGUCCUGGGCCAACAGAAGGUCUGGCGGCCAUGACCACCGGGGUCCUUCCAGUCUCAGUCAGACCGUUAAGUCUGGUCUUAGGAGAAUUUGGGUUCUGCAUCCCACUGCUCUCCUGCUCCCUCAGGGGUUCUCUGUUGUGUUCCCUCUCAGGGCAGUCAUCGGUUGUAGCCAGGCACCAUCUAGUUCUUCUGGUCUCAGGAUGAUGUAGCCUCUGGUUCAUGUGGCCCUUUCUGUCUCUUGGGCUCGUAAUUGCCUUGUAUCCUUGGUGUUCUUCAUUCUCCUUUGAUCCAGGUGGGUUGAGACCAAUUGAUGCAUCUUAGAUGGCUGCUUGCUAGCAUUUAAGACCCCAUAUGCCACUCUUCAAAGUGGGGUGCAGAAUGUUUUCUUAAUAGAUUUUAUCAUGCCAGUUGACUUAGAUGUCCCUUGAAACCAUGGUCCCCAGGCCCCUGCCCCUGCUACGCUGGCCUUGGAAGUAUUCAAUUUAUUCAGGAAACUGCUUUGCUUUUGGUUUAGUCCAAUUGUGCUAACCUCCUCUGUAAAGUGUGCUAUCUUUCCUGUGCUGUCUUUCCCUCCACCUAACGUAGUUCUUAUCUACUAUCUAAUUAGUGAAUGCCCCUCUCCCACCCUCCCUUCCUCCCCCCUCUCAUAACCACAAAAGAACGUUUCUUCCCAGGAGAGAUUUUUUGAGAAUGUGGUGUUUGGGGACAUGUAUUGACCAUUUACUAAGUGCCAGAAACUGUGUUAAGCACUUUACAUGUGUUAACUCUUUUAAUCUUCACAACAGUCCUAAAGUUAGCUACUUUAAAAGUACCCCAUUUUUUAGCUGAGACGAAUCUACUUUUCCAAGUCUACAAAAUUAGUAAGUGUGAUAAAAAGACUUUCCAUCUUUUAAUAGGAGGUUUUGGUUGGGAUUGGUCUAGAAAUUUAGAACAGGACUGCCAUCUUAAUGUCGUAGUCUUAUUUCAGAUCAUAUACCUAAAUGGAGACUGCUAAAUACUUAGAGUUUAAGAAGAUAUGGAUAAGCAUGGAGCUUAGUACUUGCUAAGUUUGGGAACAUGCUUACAAUUAUUGUGGGGUUAUGACAUUUUAAUUCACCUCUUACUAUAUAUUGGUUGUCCUUUUAACAAGUCUGUUACAUGUGGUGGCACAGUGGUUGAGUGCUCAGCUGGUAACCAAGAGGUUAGCACUUCAAACCCACCAACUGCUCCGUGGGAGAAAGAUGUGGCAGUCUGCUUCUGAAAAGAUUACAAUCUUGGAAACCCUAUGGGUUUGUACUCUGCCAGGUUCUCCUGUGUCCAUCAGGGUUGCCAUGAGUCAGAAUCGACUUGACGGCAACGGGUUUAGGUUUUUGGUAUUAGGUGUAUAACCCUUGUUUGAUAGUAAUUAGAGUAACACCAUAUUUUUAAGUGAUUGGAACACUCGAAAAUGAAUAUACGCGUUAAAUCCCAUUAUCACAAAUAACUAAUUUGGAAGAUGUUCUUAAUGAGAUUUUUGAUAGAGAUUUGUUUUGGGUGAUGUUGAGAGUCUCUUGGCGUAUAUUGUAAAGGGAUAGCUUUUCUGAAAAAGGACGGACAGACAUUUCCUGAGAUGUAAAAUAAUCCAGAGUUAUUCCACCAACCAUUUUUACAGUGUACAGUAUUUUAAAAACUGACAACCCUCAAUUUCCCUGGAGCUCUCUGCCAUUUUGCCAGAUUAAUUGGAAGAGUGUUUAUGGGAGCUGUGCAAAAAAGCUUAUUAGACUCUGGACUUUGUUAUGCUUGAUAUUUUCAUGCACUUAUAAACUCUGUCCAGUUUUUUCCAUUGUCUUGGCACAGGUUAGCUCUUUCCAAGUUUUUUAGUGUUUGAGCUAGCCAAAGAAAUUUCUUUUCAUUUGCUGAAAUUCUAAAUAAGAAAAUGAAAGUAUUAAUGAGGAUGCUAACUUACUUUGCUACUUUUGGAAUAGCUUGACUGACAAUCCUGAGAGCUAGCACUGCCUCUCUCAAUCCUGAGAGCUAACACCUGCAUGUCCCAAUCCUGAGAGCUAGCACUGCAUCUCACAGUCCUGAGAGCUAGCACUGCAUCUCACAGUCCUGAGACCUGGCACUGCGUCUCACAAUCCUGAGAGCUGGCACUGCGUCCCACAGUCCUGAGAGCUGGCACUGCCUCUCACAAUCCUGAGAGCUAGCACUGCAUCUCACAGUCCUGAGAGCUGGCACUGCAUCUCACAGUCCUGAGAGCUGGCACUGCAUCUCACAGUCCUGAGAGCUGGCACUGCGUCUCACAUCCUGAAAGCUGGCACUGCCUCUCACAAUCGUGAGAGCUGGCACUGCAUCUCACAGUCCUGAGAGCUGACACUGCGUCUCACAUCCUGAGAGCUGGCACUGCCUCUCACAAUCGUGAGAGCUGGCACUGCAUCUCACAAUCGUGAGAGCUGGCAGUGCAUCUCACAGUCCUGAGAGCUGGCACUGCGUCUCACAAUCGUGAGAGCUGGCACUGCAUCUCACGGUCCUGAGAGCUGGCACUGCGUCUCACAUCCUGAAAGCUGGCACUGCCUCUCACAAUCGUGAGAGCUGGCACUGCAUCUCACAGUCCUGCGAGCUGGCAGUGCGUCUCACAUCCUGAGAGCUGGCACUGCAUCUCACAGUCCUGAGAGCUGGCAGUGCGUCUCACAUCCUGAGAGCUGGCACUGCAUCUCACAGUCCUGAGAGCUAGCACUGCAUCUCACAGUCCUGAGAGCUAGCACUGCAUCCCACAAUCAUGGAGGAGCCAAAAAAAAUGCUGUUUGCUGUCUGAACUUGGCCCCCAGAAAACACUGUCCAUCCUAAAUGUUAAGCUACAGAUUAUUAUUGGGGAACAUGAUUAAAGUUAUUUUGGUAUAUAUGGCAUGUAUGACAUAUUGAAGAAUCCAGUAAAAUGUUUGAAGUCUCUCGGGCAAUCAUGGUAUUUAGUACAGGACUUGAUAGUGUGAGAAUAGACCUUCUAACCUAAUCUUCUAGUUUUACCUCAGAUUAUCAUACAUCUAACUGGACACUUUGGGAAUAUUAAAAGUUCAUAGAAGGUAGGAAGGAAGCAAGGCUUGGUAAACUGACAAGCUUGUAUCUUGGUAAAGUAUAGAAGGUUUUAUCUCCUUUUCUUUCAGUAGUGUGUCCAUUCUUUGAUUAGGAUUCUUUAGGUUUUCAAUUUAGGUGUCUUUCUUAUUUCAUCAUCAUCAUCACUUACUUACUGAUUUUCAUUUAUCCUCUUUCUUUCCCUCUAUUGUAAACUCCAUAAAGGCAAGGUUUUUUUUCUGUUUUGUUCAUUGCUUUAAACUCAAUUUCUCAAACAGUCUCUGGCACAUGGUAGGCACUCAGAAAUAUUUGUUGGAUUAUUACUAAUUUGUUGACUUUUGUCUCCUAAAUUUACAAAGACUCUCCCUAGUACCCAGAUACAAUUACACUAUUCUAAAGGUCAGAUCCUAUUACAUCAAAUUUCAGUGAUGUGUUGAAAUAAACCAAAAAAAAAAAAAAAAAAAAACCCAGUGCCACUGAGUCGAUUCUGACUCAUAGCGACCCUAUAGGACAGAAUAGAACUGCCCCAUAGAGUUUCCAAGGAGCACCUGGCGGAUUCAAACUGCUGACCCUUUUGUAGCAGCUGUAGCAUUUAACCACUAAGCCACCAGGGUUUCCGUGUUGAAAUAAAACCCAAAAAACCAAACCCACUGCCGUCAAGUUGAUUAUCGACUCAUAACGACCUAUAGGACGGAGUAGAACUGUCCUGUAGAGUCCCCAAGGAGCGCCUGGUGAAUUUGAACUGCCGACCUUUUGGUUAGCAGCCAUAGCUCUUAACCAUUAUGCCACCAGGGUUUCCCUGUGUUGAAAUACGGGAACUUUAUCAGGUACUUAGAAACAUUUUUGUGAUAAUGGAAUUUUAUUUAUUGCAGUAAGAUACUUAAUUCUCAUUUCUUUUUGUCUUUAUUGAAUAAGUUUGAAUAAAGUCAUAAUUUUGCUUUUGUCUGGUAUAACUAUUAUUCAGCUUCCCACAAGAAAAAUAGAAGCUGAAUAAGGGCGAUCUCAAAGGAAUUUCUCUUUCACAUCUUUCUUCCCAAUUACCCAUUCAUGCUCAGGGCACUGCAGCCCUGAAUCUUCAGUCUUCUUAGGACUCGCCUGACCAAGCAGAGUCUUGGAUUCAUCCAUUUGGAACUAUUUGUUUAAGACUUACUUUGUUCCAGACUCCAGAGAUGCAACGUGCGAGAAAGACAGUGCCUACCCUUAGGAUGGUUGUUUUGGUCUUUUUCCCUAGUCAAAACUUGAAAGUUUAGAAAGUUGAGAAAAAAAUCUGGUAAAUGAAUUGAUGCUGUGGUAUUAAUAAUUGAUAAGGCUGAAUUAAUGUAUUAUUUUAGAAGAUAUAUUUUUUUAAAGGAUUUCUGACAUUAACUCUGUCUUAACCAAAAAAACCAGUUUGGGGAGUUCAAUUAGUGUUAAAACAGAAGGUUGGUACAAGAAAUUUUGGAGCAGGCCAACCUUUUCGGCACCCUUUGUACCAUUGAAGAUGUGUACGUGGUACAGGUCAUCCCUGUUGGUAGAACAGAAGCCUUCUAGUCUCAUUUUCAGGCUCAGCUAGGGUCCUCUACCUUCUGGAGAUUAAAAAGAACUCUGGCCACUUGUUUUUUGUUUUUGUUUUGUUUUUUUCUCCUCAGAUUAUGUCAGGCUGUAGCAGUGGAUUUAUAGAGGCAGUCAGUGUGUUCUGGGUUGUUGAACUUCGAGUUGAAGGGGUAGUGGUGCUUCAUAAUAUCAAGUUGUUUUGUAUGAAUCAUGUUGCUUCUGCAAAAACAACUUCCUCACAUCUCCUAAUGUCAUUACCCUUCUUUAUGCUUUACCUUUACAGUGAAAAUGAAUACUGGGUGGAAACUAUUUGUCAUGAAAAAUUUUUGUCAUUUGCAGUUUGUAGCAUGAUAUGGCUUUUCUGUUUCACUUUGGCAAUUUUAUGCAUGUCUUGUAGGGUAACUGUUAAUCAUCGCUUUGGUACAUAUUUAUGUGUGUGUAUAUACAUCCUGUGUUUAUAUAUAAUUAAAAAAAUAAAAAGCAUGCUGCUUGGCCUGACUAGCUAAUACGUAAUUGUACCUGGUAAACAUUUUUUUUCUUUUGAAUUCUGACCUUAGAGGCACUGAGCUCUCUUUGCUCUGAUGAGUCACCUUCAGAAAUUAUGACCUCCUCCCUUAUUUCAUCUUCUGAAAUAUGUAACACUGACCUUACAGCACUACAAGGAGAAAAAACCAAAGUGUUAGGCAGCCAGCCUAUUUUAGCCAAAGAAGGAAAAGACUGCUUGACUCUUCUAGAUGUGAAAAACAUGGAAAAGCCUCAGGGGACAAGUAAAGACACAGCUGACUCUCCAGUUUCUGUUGAACCAGGAGUUCGCUGUAGCCGUCCUUCCAUUCCAGCCAGUCUCCCGGGGCAUCCAGCUUUUCUCUCAAAGGAGGUUGGUCAAAUGGAAAUAAAGAAAGAUGAAGCGUCUAAGAACCGAAAUGAGGUACCAAGUAGGGAUGAUAAAACUGCCUCGGAUGCUGAUGACAGGUUCACUUUGCUAACAGCCCAGAAACCACCCACUGAACAGUCUAAGGCAGAAGGCAUUCGUACAUGUUCCUUAUCCCCAUCCACAGUUUCAGGCAGUGAUGUUACUGAAAAAGAUUCCCCCGAAUCACCAUUUGAAGUAAUUAUUGACAAAGCAACAUUUGACAAAGAGUUUAAGGAUUUAUAUAAGGAAAGCACAAAUGAUGUUGGCAGCUGGACAACGAGCACUGACGGAGAAUCAUCUGCAGACGUUACCGAAACUAAUGACAAGCUGUUUCCACUGAGAAGUAAAGAGGUAGGGCGCUACCCAGCCUCUGCUUUGCUCACUAGGCAGUUUUCACACACAACGGCAGCGCUGGAAGAGGUGUCUAGAUGCGUGAGUGAUAUGCAUAACUUUACUAAUGAAAUACUGACUUGGGAUUUGGUUCCCCAAGUAAAACAACAAUGUGGUAAAUCUGAUCACAUCACAAAAACAGCAGGACUUGACAUGGGUGAAUAUAAUUCAGAAAUCCCAAUCGUAAAUCUUAAAACUAACGCUCACCAGAAAAUUCCUGUCUGUUCUGUUAAUGGGAACAGUCUCGUCACUAAAUCAACAGGUGAUCGGGCAGGAGCAUCUCUCCCACAAGAAAAAGCCAUAUCAGACUGUCUUGAUUCCACAAAGGAAGUCAGCAUCAAAGGCACGCAAGGCAAUGUGCAGAAACAAGAUGACACUCUUUCAGAGUUACCUGGAUCUCUGUUUGAGAAAUCUGUGUCUUUGGGUUCUGAAGUGACCACGGGGCAAAUGGCUUUGCCUGAUGGCCGCCUGAAAGACGAAAUGAACUGGCAGAGCUCUGUGUUGGGAGAAACGACAGAGGCUGAUAGCUCCGGCGAGUCUGAUGACACAGUAGUAGAGGACAUCACAGCAGAUAAGUCAUUUGAAAGUAAAAAAGUUCAGGCUCAAAAGCCUGUUUCUAUUCCACGUGCUGUUGUAAAAACAGAUGAAAGAGAAAUCAGAGAGAUUUCCAGUCGUAGUAAAGAAAAGGAAACAUCUAAAAACUUCGAAGAGUCCAUCAGUGACUUAGAGCCACGACAAGUUCGGCCUGAUAUUCUUGAGAGGAGUCCAGUUGGUAGGGCAACUCAUUCACAAGUACCUGAUACGAAUGCCAUAUCAGAAGCUCUGACGCAGUCCGGUAGUGUGAGUGAAGUUGCUCCUGAAAACCCUGUUACAACGAAGGAUAAUGAGACAGAAUUCUUCUCACUAACUGUGACAACUUCUGCCUCUUUGGCGUCAUCGUACGGGAAAAAUGUUGUUAAAGAUACGGGCGAUUCCUCCCCAGAGGACCUGAUAGCAGCCUUUACAGAAACCAGAGAGAAAGAAAUAGUGGUUAAAGAUGAAGGAAGUGCCUUUGAAGCAAUAUCAGAGAAGACGACAGACUUCAGAGCAGCUCUUCCUGUAGAAGUCUUGCAUGAAAGCAAGUCAGGGAGUUCUGAAGUUAAAGGCCUAAGAAGCAAAUAUACUGAGCAAAGCAAAGAAACAAGUGGAAGUGAGCUUCAGGAUUUUUUCCCGAUGAAAAGUACUCCAGUACACUCUCUUGACUUAGAACAGGAACAGCUCACAAUUAAAGCCCUUAAAGAAUUAGGUGAAAGGCAAGUCAAGGAGUCAGCUUCUGCACGGGAUAAAGUGGAAUCUCCUUCUGAAGAAAUACUCAAGCAAACUUUCACAUUUGUUCCAGAAUCUUCUUGGCCACAGAGAUCAUAUGACAUCCUAGAACAUACAAAUGUCAAGACUGAAUCUGAUCUUGGGUAUUCCAAAUGUUCUACCAUUAUCAAAGAAACUGCUAGGGUAGAUACUGUUUCCAGCCUUAGCAAGACUGAACUGGUAAACAAGCCUGUCCUAGCAAGACUUCUGACAGACUUCUCAGUGCACGAUCUGAUUUUCUGGCGAGAUGUGAAGAAAACUGGGUUUGUCUUCGGCACCACACUGAUCGUGCUGCUUUCACUGGCAGCCUUCAGUGUCAUCAGUGUGGUUUCUUACCUCAUCCUGGCUCUUCUCUCUGUCACCAUCAGCUUCAGGGUCUACAAGUCUGUCAUCCAGGCUGUACAGAAGUCAGAAGAAGGCCAUCCAUUCAAAGCCUACCUGGAUGUAGACAUCACUCUGUCCUCAGAAGCCUUCCAUAAUUACGUGAAUGCUGCUAUGGUGCACAUCAACAGGGCCCUGAAACUCAUUAUCCGUCUCUUUCUGGUGGAAGAUCUGGUUGACUCCUUGAAGCUUGCUGUCUUCAUGUGGCUGAUGACCUACGUUGGUGCAGUUUUCAAUGGAAUCACCCUUCUGAUCCUUGCCGAACUGCUCGUUUUCAGCGUUCCAAUUGUCUAUGAGAAGUACAAGACCCAGAUUGACCACUAUGUGGGCAUCGCCCGGGACCAGACGAAGUCAAUUGUUGAAAAAAUCCAAGCAAAACUCCCUGGAAUGGCAAAAAAGAAGGCAGAAUAAGCACCUGGAAACCAGAAAUGCAUCAGUUACUAAAACAUCACUUAAUAGUUAUAACAUUGUUACUUGUACUAUGAAGGAACUUGCUCAAUGUCAGCUCCAGCCUGCAUUCCAAGCUUAUUUUUUAAUUUGGUGUUUUCUCCCCUCCUUUCCCUCAGUAUCAAGCUCAGGAAUUGUUGGACUGAGAACAGAACUGAUAUUUUAGAACCCAAGAGAAUAAAGAAAGAAUCAAUAGGAUAAAUCAGUACUUUUAAUGGUGGUGGAGCUUUUGCCUGUAGUUUGAAAGGGGGAAGAUUGAAGGUAAAGGGGAAGGUAAAAGAUAAAACACAACUCUUCAGGUCUUCUAGCCAGUUUGGAAGUGUAAGUCUUACCCAGUUUCCCAUCAUAGUUUUACCCUUAUUUUUAAGUUAAGAAAUAAUGAUUAAUUUAUGAAGAAAUUACUUAGGGACAGGAGUGGGAUUCCUUCCCAUGGGUUUUUUUUUUUUUUUUUUUUUGUAAUCCCGUCUUCCUGCCCCACAAUGUGAGCAGCUACUCCUAAUACUCUUCUUCUUCCCUUAACGAUAGAACUUCCAACUCUGUUAAUAACUUAUAGGUGGUAGUGAUAAUUCCUGAUUCCUGUAAUGCCAUCCGGUAACAAGAUUGGAAACGGAGAAAGGGACUGGAAAGGCGUCUGAGGCAGCAGUGCCGCGGCGGCCACUGCCUCUCCCACAGAGCCCAGAGGUGGAAAAGCUCUGCCACUGGGGAAGGUGGGGUCGGUGCCAUUUCUUUUGGACACCACCAGUUCUGAGCUUUAGUUUGAGAACUCAUUCCUGAAACGUGCUUUCCUCCCUCUUCCCUGCCCACCUCACCUCAAGUUUAAUAAAUACGGUUGUACUUAUUAUGAAAUAAAUGUCUGUAACUGCUGUACACUGCUGUAAACUUGUUAGAGAAAAAAUAAUCUGCAUGUGGGCUCCUCAGUUACCGAGUUCCUGUAAUCCUGUCUCAGUCCGUUGGUGGGGAGCCUUCUUAAGAGAUGAGCUACAGAAACAAGUCUUCCUUUUCUUUUCCCUACGUCUUCCUUCUUCACGUGGUACAUCUUUAACCUGUGCUCAUGUUUUACCCUAAGGACCAAAGCCGAGCUGCCUUGAGAGACUGUCUGUGUCUGUGGUCAAGUGACCACAAGUUAGUGCAGAGAAGUGGAUUUCGUGGUUCAUAGGGAGUUGAAACUGGGUUGAGGCUAGCCUUUGGGUGUGUGUUGUACUUUGAGAUUCUUUUCAUUUUUAGAGAGAAAAUGUGUUAGCACCUCUGCUGUGGCCUGGGGGGCUGCUUUUGAGAGUGUUUGUAAGAAGUUUUAGGUAAGGGUGACCAGGCAGGGCUAGUUUGUUGAUGGGCCUUGUGCACAGUUAAAUAAGACGGCAGAACGACUCAGAGUGACAGCAGAUGGAUCUCUGAUUCCCAUUUGAGACUGAGUGUCUCUCUCCCCUUCAACAUGAAAAUUAUGUAAACUUGGAAGAAAAGUCAUCUGUGAGUUCCUUCCAGUUGCUGUAACCAGAAGUUAAAAGAAUCCAGCAGGAGUAUGCACUGGUGACGUCAGCGUAAGGGUUAAGUACCUGAGGGUCCCAAAGCAUGGCAGCUCUGGAAGGCAGUGGAAGGAGACUGUCUCCCACGUGUUUUUGGCAGAUUACUUAGGGGUUUCAGUGGUUAAGAGGUAUCCUUGCCUUAUUUCCAUUUUCCUAACCCCUCCCUUUCCUUUUAAAUUUUUUAAUGGUUUCACAUCAUAGUAAGAAAUGCAUUCUCCAUCUUCAACCUUUGUCCUCCCAGGAAGUCAAUGUACUGAUCGUCUUUUUGGGCUUCCCCUCCAAAGGAUCCCCUGCUGCCCUGGAAGCCUCCACACCUAGCUCUCUUGUUUUCGUACUGCUGUGUUUAGAUAAUUGGACAGAUAUUGUGCCACGCAGGAAUUUUUGUUAUUUUUUCUUUUUUUUU